AUGGGGAACAGUGCUGCUGCUACUACUACUCUGCUGGAACAGAUGCUGGCGAAACAGAACUCGUACUUGAACAAUAACCUCAGGGACGGGAAUGACGGGAACGUGUCUGCUGGACAGGUGAACUUGCCCAGCGCGGGGAACUCGUUCCUGGACGAAAUAUACGACGGCGAGGGCGUCUAUGACGACGCUACCACUGCUGGGCAGCUACCCUUGAAGUCAAAGAUCAACGGGGACAGGUACUUCAACGAAAUGGCGAUUGUCGACGAUGACGAUGAGGCGGGCGGGCACCCGCUCUUGGCUGAUUCGUACGCGAAUCACGUGACCAAGCAGCAGUACGGCGGUGUCGUCGAUAACGAUAAUGAUGACGACGGUGACGACGACGACGACGACGAUCUGAUCUUUAUUAAGAAACAGCCCGCCGUGGAACCCUUCUUUGCCGACUAUAACACUAACUUCACCACAGAGUACCACACCCCGAAAUACAAGAAACAGAGGACGAUCUCGCUGCCACAACUGCCGCAUGCAAAACUCAAUUACGACGCCCUCUUGGAACUGCCGCCAAGAGUACAGACUCAGGAGGAACUGCUGCAUUUGACAGGGUCCUCAGCAAAGACUCUCGAGGGGAACAGAGGCGUCAACUUGAAAGUGUGCCACUCGCUGUCGCCACAGCCCACGUCGCAGCCACCUGUGACACGCACCCAGAAGAGACUGUCCGCCAACUCGAAGUACUUCGCCACAGAUAAAGACGGUCACUACAUAUACAGGAGAGACGACGUGUUUGGCAGUAACGGGAGGUUUGUCUCAGUGGACCUUCUCGGGCAGGGCACCUUCGGCAAAGUGCUCAAGUGUUUCGAUAACGCUGCUAACGCAUACGUGGCCGUUAAAAUUAUAAGAUCCGUGGACAGGUACAGAGAGGCAGCAAAGACAGAGUUACGAGUACUCGCACAGAUCAUGCAGAACGACCCCUUCGGGAAGUUCCAGUGCUUGCUACUCACCGACUUCUUCGACUACAAGGACCACAUAUGCCUCGUGUCACCCCUAUACGGGAGAUCCAUUUACGAUUUCAUGUGCUCCAACGGGGUGGCUAGGUUCCCCGGGUCCCAUAUACAGGCCAUCGCGAGACAACUCAUAAGGUCCGUGUCCUUCCUACACGAUCUGGGGAUCAUACACACAGAUAUCAAGCCGGAAAAUAUCCUCAUCUGCGACGAAUCGUACAACGAGUACGACUUGCCGGAUGACAUCGUCAACUCCCUAAGCAACAGAAGACGCAUCGCCUCGGGGGGCAAAAGGAAAAUCUUGAAGGACCCAGAGAUCAAAAUCAUAGAUUUCGGCAGCGCCGUGUUCCACGACGAGUACCACCCACCAGUCAUCUCGACAAGACACUACCGUGCACCAGAGAUCGUCUUUGGCCUGGGUUGGUCGUACCCUUGCGACAUAUGGUCCCUCGCGUGCGUCCUUAUCGAACUCGCCAUCGGAGAAUCCCUAUACCCUAUCCACGAAAACUUUGAACACUUGGCAAUGAUGCAACGUAUCAAUGGCGUCGCGUUCCCCGUCGAAAUGGUCGACAAAAUGUUCUUCAAGUACAAAAAUAAAUUGGGGAACCUCCCGGGGGACCUGUACACCACAGUGUUGAAACAUUUCAAUAAACGAACGGGGCAAUUAAUGUGGCCAGAGGUCAACAAGAACGGAGAAACGGUCACAACACUCAAAUCGAUCAAGAGGGUCACAGACUCCUCAGAGAGACUGGACAUAAUGGUCUCAAAAUUUUUGAAGAGGGACUACCAAAACGAGAAAUUUUCCAUCAAUUGGAACCUCACGCCAGACCAGAACUGGAGCCAAGUAAAGGGCACGUUCGGCGUGCGCAACUCCAUAGGCAAGGAAACUUUCUUGUUCUGGUACUGGUUCGUAGACCUCAUGAGACUGAUGUUCGAAUUCGACCCAACGAAACGUAUCACGGCAAGGGAGGCACUCGAACACGAAUGGUUCAACUUGGGCAUAUGGGACGACGGGAUCACUAAUUUUAACAGUACACCGGUAACUUCAAGCUAUUAA